UUAAGGGCACGCUCGGCUUGUCUCCCUCUCACGGUGCUCCCUGUCUGUGAUGCUUGGGGAACUCUUUGCUCCCUCUCUCUGCGACGCUUGGGGAACUAUUUGCCCUCUGUCUGGGACGCUUGGGGAACUCUUUGCUCCCUCUCUCUGUGCUGCUCCCUCACCCAGAGGCCAGAACUCGCUGUUCCCUCUCUGUGCGCUGCUCCCUCUCUGCGCUGCGUUCUGCGACCGACGCUUCUCCCACUCACGAUCUGCGUUGGAUUUGGAUGUGCUGCACCGGCACCGGCACCCCGCACUCAGGUGACAUAGAUCCAUAUCCAAAAAGGAGGUUUUAGCUGCUAGGGUUCCUCUGCAUAAAACCCAAAACUCUCCAAAAUUGUUGUCGUUUCCUGCGUCGGAAGGACAGGGGGAGAGAGACGAGCGAGGGAUAGAGAACGUCUCAAAUGGCGGUUGAGGAAAGCGAGAAGAUAGCAAAGAGAGCAGAUUCGAAAGAAGUAGAUGAAGAAGAAGAGGAAGACGACGAUGAAAUCCGAAGCUUCGAAGAGAUGGGUUUGGACCCUCGCCUCAUACGUGCUCUCUCAAAGAAGGGCAUCACUCAACCCACCCCCAUCCAAUCUGCUGCCAUCCCUCGGAUUCUUCAAGGCAAAGAUGUGGUCGCCCGUGCGAAAACCGGUUCUGGUAAAACCUAUGCCUAUCUGCUUCCUAUGCUCCAGAAAUUGUUCUCGGAAGCCAGCCAGGCCGCGAAAGCUGCUCCGAGGGCCGUGGUUCUUGUUCCAACCCGGGAGCUAACCCAACAAGUUUACUUGGAGAUUUCAUCUCUGCUUGAACUUUGUAGAACUCUAUUGAAAGUUGUACAGUUGACAGCUGCCAUGUCCGAUGCUGAUUUACAAGCAGCAUUUAUUGGUUCUCCUGAUAUUCUGGUAUCAACGCCAGCCUGCAUUUCCAAAUGUCUGUCAAAAGGCGUUCUUCAAUCAUCAUCUUUUCAGGGAUCACUUUCCAUGUUGGUUUUGGAUGAGGCUGAUCUUUUAUUGUCCUAUGGAUAUGAAGAGGACUUGAGUACCCUUGCUCCUCAUGUUCCUCGCCAUUGCCAAUGUCUUCUCAUGUCUGCAACUUUAAGUGCUGAUGUCGAUAAGUUGAAGAAUCUUGUCUUGCAUAGCCCUUAUAUUUUGACUCUAGCAGAAGAUGUCAAUCCAAAGGAGGGAAUUGUUCCAAGGAGUGUACAACAAUUUUGGAUAUCUUGCAGCGCUCAAGAUAAACUGGUGACUAUUCUUGCUCUUUUGAAGUUGGAACUGGUCCAAAAGAAAGUGCUGAUCUUUGUCAACAGUAUCAAUAUGGGCUUUAAGUUAAGACUCUUUCUCGAACAGUUUGGAAUUAAAACUGCAGUGCUGAAUGCUGAGUUACCACAGAACUCCCGGCUUCAUAUUCUAGAGGAAUUCAAUGCAUCACUUUUUGAUUAUCUAAUAGCUACCGAUGACUGCAAAGUGGAGACAGAAGAGUCCAAUAAGAAGAUCAAUGUGUCUGAAAAAAAGUCCAAAAAAAGAUGGAAGCAGAAGUUGGACUCUGAGUUUGGUGUGGUGCGGGGCAUUGACUUCAAACAUGUCUUCACAGUUAUAAAUUUUGAGAUGCCUCAGAGUCCUUCGAGAUAUGUACAUCGAAUUGGACGUACUGGAAGAGCACAUAAUACCGGUGCAUCUGUAUCCCUUGUUUCUCCAGAUGAGGAAGAGGUCUUUGAAGAGAUUAAAACUAUGCUUGGCGAUUCUGAUGGUCCCGAUUCGUCAAAGUUGAUUGCACCCUUUCCUCUACUCUCAAAAAGUGCUGUGGACAACUUGUGGUAUAGAGCCCAGGACGUUGCUAAAGGGAUCACAAGAGCUAACAUUAGAGAAUCGCGAGCUCAGGAUCUGAGGAAUGAGAUUCUUAACUCAGAGAAGUUGAAGGCUCAUUUUGAGCAUAAUCCAAGAGAUUUAGAUUUACUAAAGCAUGACAAGGUGCUGAGCAAGAAACCACCUCCAUCUCAUCUGAAAGCAGUUCCUGAUUACCUGCUGGAUCCAGUCACGGAGGAAGCUAGGAAGAUUGUCAAGCUCUCCAGGGCUGCAAUGCCCAAAGCUGGUUCUUCCCGUCGUCAUCAUGGUUCGAAGGGAAAAUUUCGUAGAAGUAAAGAUCCAUUGAAGACUUUCUCAGCUGAGAAUCACAAAAAAGGUCGCCGCCAUGAUGGGAAAAGGAAAGAAGACAGAACUGAAGCAUCCGAGAAUAGGAGUUGGAAGAAGGCAAAAAGCAGUAGCUAGAUCCUCGUUUGCAGUAAUGGAGGAUCUUGCAGGUUUUGCUUAUUUAGUUUUAUGUUCAAGUUCUUUGGGCUUGGCCCUGCAAUUUUGUGCCCUAAAUCAUCAUUUCCUUACUAUUUUUUGUUCACA